UUUUUGCUAUACUUAUAGUAAAAUGAAGAAGUUAUUGUUAGUGUCAGUAUUUGCAGCUUAUCUGAGUAUAUUGGUUGUUGCGUUUCCAAACAAACGUCAGAUGACAUCGACAUCAGAUUCAGGAGUUUGUUUUUAUGGUAAAACUGCUGAAAGUGUUCUUGAUAUUCUUGCAAACCGGAAAUACAGAACAGUCACUCCUUCAGUUCGAAGACCAAAAGACUGUUCGGUUUUGGACCCUGAAUUAGACUCAAGUGGGGUAUAUACGAUAUAUCCGACAAACGGAAAAGGCUUCAAGGCUUAUUGCGAUAUGAAAACCGAUGGUGGACGUUGGACAGUAGUUGUAAGACGAAUGGAUAGAUCCCAGGAUUUUAACAAGAAGUGGGAUGAAUAUGAGAAAGGUUUUGGAAACCUUCAUAGAGAAUAUUGGCUGGGAAAUAAGUACUUACAUACAUUGACAUCAAAUGGAAAAAAUGAAAUGAGAGUAGAUAUUGAAAAUUUCAAAGGCGAAAAAAAAUUAGCUAAGUACUCUACAUUCAAGGUUGGAAAUGCUGCCUCUAAAUACAGACUAACUGUUGGUGGAUAUACAGGAAACGUUGCGGAUGCAUUUGCACAUGGACACCAUAAUGGUCGGAGAUUUACAACAUCAGAUAAUGAUAAUGACCUGAACAGCUCUCUAAAUUGUGCAAAACUCAAAAGAGAUGGGAGUGGUUGGUGGUUUUCUAGUUGUGAAGCAGUGUGCUUUACUUGUCCGUAUACCAACAACAAAAAAGGUUUUACUGGAAAUGGGCUGUUGCAAUGGGAGAUUUGGAAAGGGUCUGAAUAUUCAUUGAAAUAUGCAUCAAUGAUGAUACGUCGAAUUUAAGUUUUCCUCAAUAAAUAUAUGUCUGAUA